UACCCAAAUGAAUAUACAGAAAAUCUUUUCUUCAUCUCUCUCUCUUCCUUCUUCCUUGCACGCUACUGCUACAUUGCUCCAUUAAUGGAGUUCAUGACCUAGCUCAACUGAAGCUCAACUCACAUGGUAUCAAAGCAGUCGUGACUUGGAGUACACGGGCAGUGCAAGUUUAUCGUCAAUUCUAGUAAUUGCUCUUCCUCUUAAGCUUAACAAUGGGAGAUGAUAAGAUCGAUCACACUGAUCCACUAUUCCUUCAUCCUUCUGACACGCCGAGUUCAGUUUUGAUUCCAAUUCAACUCACAGGAUCUGAAAAGUAUGGAUUGUGGCAGAGAACGCUGCGAAUUGCACUUCUAGCUAAGCGGAAAUUAGGGUUCGUGACUGGUACUUGUAAAAAGGAUUCCUUUAAGAAGGAAUUACAUGAGGAAUGGGAGACAUGCAAUACAAUUGUCUUCUCCUGGAUCAUGAAUACAGUGUCGCAGAACCUAGUUAGUGGAAUUGCUUAUGCAACUGAUGCUCAUUUAGUUUGGAAGGACUUAAAGGAGAGGUUUGAUAAGGUUAAUCGUGUAAGGAUCUUCCAAUUGCAUAGAGAAAUUGCAACAAUCUCACAAGGAACAGAUUCUGUGGACACCUAUUUUACAAAGCUGAAAGAGUUAUGGUCAGAGUAUGAUGCCUUGGUGCCUUCACCUGGAUGUGACUGUGUGAAAUCAAAGGAUUUUAUCGUGCAUCUUCAUCAGUAGAGGUUGCUUCAAUUUCUGAGUGGUCUCAAUGAAUUAUAUGAUCUAGCAAGCAGACAAAUCCUAAUGAAGACAACAGAACCAACACUGAAUCAGGCUUAUGCUCUGAUCAUUGAAGAUGAGAGUCAGAGGUCAAGCCCAUAUCCAGCCUUGACUGUUAAAGCAGAAGUAAAUGUUAUGCAGGCUGGUCGAGGGACAAUUCCUAGAGGAGAGCCAAUUGCCAUGCAAGCUGGUGAAGGACAAUCCUAUAAAGAAAAGAAACCUUUCAUGAGAUGUGAUUAUUGCCAUAAGAAUAGGCAUUUGAAGGAAAAUUGCUUUAAAUUGAUAGGGUAUCCAGGGGACUUUAAGGCAAAAAGUCAUGUUGUGGCUAACAAUGCUACUAGUGUUUUUGAGCAUGAACAACAGACACAGAUGAAUGGAGAAAAAGGAACAAGCUGUGAUCAAGUAGCAGGGCAUUUCUUCAUUGAGGAUAAGUACAUGCAAAUACUGAAUAUACUGUAUAAGGAUACUUCUAUACCACAAGUAAACAUAGCAGGACCUUUGGAGUGGCAGAGUAAGGAGGAUUGGUAAGGAAAAAGGAGGUCUAUAUGUAGCGAAGGAUGCACACAUAGCAAAAGUACUGCAGCAGAUAUCAGCAGCCACUACUCAAAAGCCAGAAUUUGAUGGUCAUCUUUGGCAGUAGAGAUUAGGACAUGCGUCAGUUAGCACAAUGAAGCAUAUCAAGUCUUUUCAGCAUGCAACGGUAGACCUAAACGUAAAUACGGAUUGUUCAAUUUUUCCUUUGGCUAAACAAAGUAGGUUAGUCUUUCCUAGAAGUUGUUCUAGAAGUGUCAGUCCUUUGCUAUUAUUACAUAUGGAUGUUUGGGGUCCUUAUAAGUUCCUUACACAUGAUAGGAAGCAUUUUUUCUUGACCACGGUGGAUGAUCAUUCAAGAUAUACUUGGGCGCAUUUGCUGCAGUUAAAGACUGAUGUUAUAGUAACAUUGCAGAAGUUCCUUCUAUGCUUAGAACAUAGUUUAAUGCAAUUGUUAAGACCAUUAGAACAGACAAUGGAGGAGAAUUUUUCAAUAAACAAUGCAAUAACUUGUUUGAUCACUAUGGUAUAGUACACCAAAGUAGCUGUGCAUACACAUCCCCACAAAAUGGGGGGGUAGAAAGGAAACACAGAUACAUCCUUGACACAACAAGGGCACUGAAAUUUUAAGCUAAUGUGCCAACUAGGUAUUGGGGAGAGUGCAUAACUACUGCUGUGUACCUUAUCAAUUGGCUUCCUACUAUUAUUUUGAAUGGGAAAACACCUUAUGAGUUGUUGUAUCAUACACAACCUUCACUCAACCAUUUAAGAGUAUUUGGUUGCCUCUGCUAUGCUACUACUUUGGUGCAUGGAAACAAAUUCUCAGCAAGCGCCAAGCCAGCAGCCCAUCUUGGGUACUCAGAAACUCAGAAAGGUUACAAGCUGCUGGAUCUUUCUACUAACCAGUUUUUUGUUUGCAGGGAUGUUGUGUUUAAGGAGCACUUAUUUUUUUUUGUUCAGCCUUCCUUAUGGAAACAUUCCAUGGUCCAUGAUAGGGGGAGUGUGCAGGUUAAUCAUGAACCAUUUCCAGCUGAUCAUGACUUCCUACAAGAAGAUCCUGAAGGCAUUGAACCUGCAUCCACUUCUCAUCCACAAGAAGCUGCAGUCUCACCAAUAGUGGAUUCAACUCCUAGCGUGGAUAAUGGACCUACCGAGGAAGUACAGAAUGGGCAUGCAGCAAAUGAGCAUACACAAGGAGAAACAAAUACGACACCAGACUUAUAUGACUCAACAGCUGACUUACAUGACAUUGUAAGUGAGGAAGAGUAUGAAGCAAUGUACCUGCCACAAGAUGUAGAUACAUUACCAGAUAUAGAACCUGCCCUUACAAGUGAAGAACCAAGAAGAUCUAGCAGAAAUGUCUAAGAGCCUUUGUGGUUGAAGGAUUAUGUCACACAAAAGAAGGCUAAUGGAACAACACUGUAUCCUCUAUUAGACCAUUUAACAUAUAGCAGGCUGUCAACAUCUUGCCAAAUAUAUGUAGCAAAGAUUUCUUCACUGACAGAACCUCAGAGUUUUGCAGAAGCAUCUAAAGACAAAAGAUGGGUGGAAGCAAUGCAGUUGGAGAUUAAGGCCUUAGAAGAUAACAAAACUUGGGAGAUAAUAGACUUGCCUAAAGGAAAGAACACCAUUGGCUCAAAAUGGGUGUACAAGAUAAAGUUCAAAGCAAAUGGAGAAGUUGAAAGAUUCAAAACUAGAUUGGUGGCCAAGGGGUACAAUCAAAAGGAAGGUCUAGAUUAUCAUGAGACCUUCUCACCAAUUGCCAAAAUGGUAACUGUGAGAGCAGUCAUUGCAGUGGUAGCCUCAUAGGGAUGGAACAUGUAUCAAAUGGAUGUUCAUAAUGCAUUUAUCCAAGGAGACCUAUAUGAAGAAGUGCAUAUGGAACUGCCUCAGGGCUUCAGAAGACAGGGGAAGACAAAAGUUUGCUAGUUAGUGAAAUCCUUGUAUGGCUUGAAGCAGGCUUCAAGACAAUGGAACCUCAAACUCACUGAAACUCUUCUGGAUGCAGGCUAUGUUCAGAGUCUCUAUGAUUUCUCAUUAUUCACAAAUAAGAAGGGAACAAAAUUUGUAGUUGUGUUGGUGUAUGUUGAUGACUUACUCAUCACUUCAGGAGACAGAAUGUUUUAAACAGGAAGUUCAAAGUGAAGGAUCUUGGAGAAUUGAGGUAUUUCCUAGGGAUAGAAGUCAUGAGAUCCAACCAAGGGAUUUUAUUGAACCAGAGAAAGUAUGCACUUCAACUGGUGUGUGAUGUAGGUCUAGGAUCAACAAAGCCAGCAGCUACUCCACUUGAUAUGAAUCAAAAGUUCACCUCAGUAGAGUUUGAUAAACAUGUUGGAGUAGCUGGAGAUGAAAUGUUGACAUGCAUUUCAGCCUAUCAGAGGUUGAUUGGCAGGUUGAUAUACCUAACAAUCACUAGGCCAGAUAUCAUAUUUGUUGUGCAAACAUUGAGCCAAUUCAUGUAAUCACCUAAGCAGUCCCACUGGGAAGCAGCAGUAAGGGUAGGGAAAUACAUCAAACAGAAUCCAGGAAUGGGGAUUCUGAUGAGUAGCAAGCAUGUAGACAGUCUGGUUUGUCACUGUAAUGCACUGGGCAUCAUGUCCUAACACUAGAAGAUCAGUGACUAGGUUUGUGGUAAAAUUUGGAGAUUCAUUGGUGUCUUGGAAGUCAAAGAAGCAACAGACAGUUUCAAGAAGCUCAGCAGAAAGAGAAUACAGAAGCUUAGCAACAACUACUGCAGAAAUUGUAUGGUUGAUGGGAUUGUUUACAGAGCUCAAUGCAUCUAUCAAGCAACCAGUGGAUAUAAUGUGUGAUAGCAAAGUUGCUUUACAAAUUGCAGCAAAUCCCAUAUUUCAUGAAAUGACCAAACAUAUUGAAAUAGAUUGUCACUUUAUUAGGGAUAAGAUCAAGGAAGGAAGGAUCAAGACACAUCACAUUGGAACUGAGGAUCGGCAGACAAACCUGUUGACUAAGGGACUGAGAAGAAUACAACAUGAGUAUCUACUGGGCAAGCUAGGAGUGCUCAACAUCUUACACCCUCCAUCUUGAAGGGGGGUGUGCGAAUUAAUAAGUCGACUGUGUAGUGCUAAGAAAUGAGCUAGCUGUCAAGUUAGUUAGGCUAGCUGGCAGAGUUAGUUGAUGUUGUUAGAAUUAGUUACCAAUAGUUAGUGUCCUUAGCUUAAUUAAGUAGAGGUUAGUUGUGUCUAUAAAUAUAGAGGUUGUAUGUGUUAUUUAUAUACAAUUGAAUAUACAGAAAAGCUUUUCUUCUUCA